AUGUCCACCACCAUGAGGACGGUUGUGAACGUGGCGGACAAGCAAGUUGAUGCUUAUGAAAAUGUGCGGCCAGAUGUGGGUGUACAACGUGGUCAAAGGUUACUGCAGAAAGGAAAAAUCUUGCCCAAUACCCUCAAGAUGGAAGAUGAAGAAGAAUAUGAAUGCCCUGAUAGUGAAACCGAGUUGAAGUCAGAUGAUGAGGAAAACUAUGAAAAUGCUCAAGAAGAAGAAAAACCAGGAGAUGUAACUUUGAAUGAUGUGCUCAUUUAUGAAAAUAAGAAGGACAAGGUGAAGUUUGAUCUUCGCAAUGGGAACUUAGAUGACUCAUGGUAUUCCAACAAAACUGAACAGAUCCUUGAGAAUUUGACUCAAGACCAAGACCCCAUUGUUGAAGAAUGUCUUCUUCUAUCCUCUCUGUUCCCAGCUCCCCCACUUGUUAAGCAUGGCUCCACAAACGUGCAGUUGACCAAGCCAAGCACAGUUGCGUGUACAGCAACAGAUUUUUGUCCUGGCAAAAUAUCCAUGACGUGGUUCCAAAAUGAUAGGAUUGUGCAAGGCCCCGAACAGCCUCCUGCUCAGCCCAGCAACAGCCAAUUGUUCAGAGCAGAAAGUGUCUUGAAGCUCAUACCAGAAUUUUCGGAUGCCAAUGCCAACUUCUCUUGCCAUAUCCAUCACCAAGCGCACGAAGGGCCAGAGGUACUAAAUUUCCGGCUGCAGUUGCAAGGUGAGUUUGACCUUUUGCUUGGAAAGCAAGGAUUGCUGGCAGCCUUUCUCCAGCUGUCCAGUCACAGCCUCUUUAUUUUAACCCAUUUCUUGAAAUUUGGGCUGAAAGGCAGAGCUGACGUUGAGCCCAGCGAGACCUUACCGGGAACGCCGCCACCACCGGCUCAACACGGACUGAUCACAAGACCACAGGGGGAGAAAUUUGUGGCAGCCGAGUGCAAUGUGAACAAAUUUUAUCCCUCUCAAAUCCACAUUCAGUGGUUGCAAAACGGAGUGCCACAAGAGUGUGUAAAGUCAGAGGUGCACCGCAUGCCAAAUGGGAUGUUUUCCAUCAACAGUGUCUUAUUCCCACAGACGAGUAAUGUUAAACUCACUUAUGUUUGUCGAGUAGAACAUGAAGCUUUGGAGACCCCAUUGGAACAGUCUGUCCAUUGGCGGCCAGGUGAGGGAGAUGCGAUUAUUCAUCCUGAUCUCCCAGUCAAGAAGAAUUCAGUUACAGGAACAUCCAAUGAGAAAAAGCCUCUUCAAAAGACAGAUGAAGAGAAGGUACUUGACAGCUCAAACCCCAAGACAGGAGAGACCAGUAGUGGAUUAAUACCUACAGAAGAGUUUAAUGAUGUGCAGGAACAGCGACUUUGA